CUGUCUGUGACGACGUUUCCAUCGCUCAUCCAUCCGUGGUAACCCAUCCCUCCCCAUCCACCACUAUCCAACAACUGCGACUCACACACUACUACUCCUGCUACCCCUAGCCCACGUCUUACCUUUUUAACGAUUCAACACUGCUCCUCUUUCUCUUCCCCCAAACCCUUCUUCACAGUCAGAAGACAUAUGUCUCACUUCAACUAAAGAUAGCAUCCGCGCCGUUCCUCCCCCCAUCGCCCACGAUCGGAAACCCGUAUCUCGUGUCGUAUACCGUGCUUCGUUGGCUGGCUGCCUACCUACCAAAUAGCUGCUUAAAACUGGCAACCCCUCGCCUGUACAGACUCACUCACACACACACUCUCUCUCCUUCUCUUGAAUACCACAGACCAGAAAACAAACACGGAAGAGUGACAAGGAAAAGAAGAGUUCAAGGUUGAACGUAUAGAGUGUUCGAGCGAAGGAGGAAACAAGAGGAAACAAAAAAGAACACCAUGACUAUCGCGCAGAUCCCCGUCUGGCUGGACUGCGAUCCCGGUCACGAUGUAGGUUUGCGUGCCGUUGUCAUUGUCGUUGCUGCCCUGUCCACCCCCUGCUCUGUCGUUGAGACCGCGCUGCCGUCAUUAUAUACACAAACUCACAUGUCUUGCUCUCUUCGAUGCGCUAUCCUCCCCAUCUUCGCCCGUCAUAGCUCACGACCUCGUCUGUCGCUGUCACUGACCUCUCAUGGCUUUCUAUAGGACGUCUUCGCCAUCCUGCUCGCGGCAUAUCACCCGCGCAUCAAGCUGCUCGGCAUCUCUACAGUCUUUGGCAAUGCCUCGCUAGAACACACCACGCACAACGCCGCCUCCGUCCUCACAGCCCUCGGCAAGCACCGCGACAUCCCCCUCCACGUCGGCCUCGGCAAGGCCCUCGAGCGCCCCGCGCUGCACGCCCCGACCGACAUCCACGGCGACUCGGGCCUCGACGGCACCGAGCUGCUCCCCGCGCCGCGCUGCGCGCCCUCGCCCGUCCCCGCCGUCGAGGCCAUGGCCGCCGCCCUCCGCCUCCAGGCCCCCGGCACCGCCUGGGUCGUCGCCACGGGCGCCCUCACCAACGUCGGCGCCCUCUUCCGCGCCCACCCGGACCUCGUCCCCCACGUCCGCGGCCUGAGCCUCAUGGGCGGCUCCUUUGGCGGCGGCUUCUCCGACGCGCCCAUGGGCAGGGUCGACAACGCCGAGCGCAUCGGCAACGUCACCCCCUGGGCCGAGUUCAACAUCCUCGUCGACCCCGAGGCCGCCGCUGACGUCUUCCACAACCCGGCCAUCGCCCGCAAGACGACCGUCGUGCCCCUCGACCUGAGCCACCAGGUCCUCGCCACCGACGACGUCCACCGCCUACUGCUCUAUGGGGACAAGGCCGCCGCCGCUUCCGCUUCCACCUCCGCCUCCGCCUCCGCCGCGUCAACGGAGCCAAGUGCUCCCACCGCCCCAGCCCCCGGCAAGUCGACGCUGCGCACCAUGCUCGUCGAGCUGCUCUACUUUUUCGCAAAGACAUAUUCAGACGUCUUCGGCAUCACCCAAGGGCCGCCGCUGCACGAUCCCAUCGCCGUCGCCGCCGUUCUCACCGGCACCGACGACGAGAUCCCCUUCUCCGAGUGGGACGAGGCCAGGAGCGCCCCACCGCAGCACGCCGAGCGCUUCGACGUCCGCGUCGUCACCGAAGGCACCUUCGAGGAGGCCAAGCUGGGCCUCAAGCAGACGGGGCGCACCAUCGCCACGCCGCUGCCCCCGGGGUCCGAAGGCGUGCGCAUCCCGCGCGCCAUGGACGUCGCCAAGUUUUGGAAGGUCAUCGAGGAAUGCAUCCAGCGGGCCGACACCGUCAACGAGGGGCUGCAGCAGUAAAAGGGUGGCCAGGAAACCAGAAAAGGACUUGUCAUUCAUUCGCCGUGGGGGGAUCUACCAAAAUCUAGACUUGCCGGCCGCCAGCGCCCUACUAAAGAUAUCAAAACUCCAAUAGACCCGUCUAUAAUGGUAGCGUCUCGCGGCGCGAAUCAAAGC